GUAAACCAUAAUAUGUCGUAUAUGCUAAUUAUUUCUGCGUUAUUUAUCUUUAAUAACAACAAUUUGUAUAAAUAAUACAUCUUGCGUAUGCCGCAACAUCGAAGGAACGCUUAUAGCGAACGCGUUUCUAUGCGCGAUCUGCGGGCAAUAAUAAUACAUAAAAUUUUGAUAUACAUAAAUAAUACGCGGAAGUAUCCGCGUGUGUGUACGGUAUAUCCUUAUCUGUACGAAUAUUAUACUUUUUGGCACUUACUAAUUAAUCGAAACCUGUAUGGGCCAUCUUAAGCAUUAGACAAAUGGAGCGAUCUCGUCAAAACGGGAUGGAAGAUCCCGGUAUCCUCCCUUUUUCCUUCCUCAUUUCCAUCCGUUUUUCACGAAUUCUAUUUUAAACGAUUCUAGGUAAACGAUCUUUCUCAGAAUGUCUGGGAUAGUUCAGUACGUGGUGGUGCGGGGAGAUCUUUCAAAGACGAUGAAGUGGCCAUUGGGUGCUGUGAUUGCCCAAGCGUGUCACGCGUGCACCGCCGUUACACAUCUCUUUUACAAUGACGCUCACACGCAGGCCUAUCUCGCCGAUUUAGACAAUAUGCACAAAGUCGUUCUCGAAGCCGCCGACGAAGCCGAUCUGCAGACGCUGUGUUCGAAAUUGAAGGGGGACGAUAUUCAGCACAAGCUGUGGAUAGAACAGCCGGAGAACGUCGCGACGUGUUUGGUAACGAAGCCCUAUCCCAAGGACAAGGUGCAAUCGUAUUUCAAGAAAUACAAACUGCUUAAAUUAUGACAGCAAAAUGGUAAAUGAUAAUAAAAAUCGCUACGAUAAGAAUGUCUUAGAUUACUUCUACAUCUAAUCAAAGUUAAAUCUUAUCAGAGCCGUUUCUGGGAAAACUAUCUGUGUCAUUUAUAUCUAAAGGAAAGGUUCUGGAAAACUGAAUUUUGAUAAAACACAAGAUUAACUAUAGUUAAAGAAGAUACUAUUAAAAGGAAAAAUCUGCCGAUUCUGAGAAAGUUAAUAGACGGUACAAUCAGUACUCGUAUAAACUAAAUAUACAUUUCUUCAGAAGAAAAUGCGAAUAACGUUUGUAUUUCACGCUGUUUGAACGGAAGAUCAAUGUUCCGAAGAUAAGUCGACGCUCUGCACACUGCACACGUCUGUCGAACUGUCGAUAUUACAACAGACUACAUCUCGGCCCUACCUCUUUUAUCUUUCUCGUUUUUUUUUCUUUCUUUAUCUUUUUUACAUCGUUUUGACGUACGGAAAAUAUUUGCGUGUCGGGAAUGGACUACAAACGUCUGACAAAAGGAAAAAACAG